AUAAAACAAUAACACGUACAGUCAAAUAAAAUGUCAAUAAUAUCGAAAUCGAUCAGAAUCCUGGAAAAGACAUUCGCCUCGAACAAUCCGUUCAACAAAUUCUCCCCCGUCCGCAACAAAACCGCCUCGAAAGCCGUCGCGAAACAACCGGAACAAUCCGAAAACCCCAAACGCGUCCAGCUGAAAAACUUCGGCAAAUACGUCUCGGACUGCAUACCCAAAUACGUCCAGGCCGUCCAGGUCUCCUCCACGGACGAACUGGACGUUCUGGUCGUUCCGGAGGGCAUCCAGUGUGUCGUGCAAUUCCUCAAAGACCACCACAAUUGCCAAUUCGAGUCCUUCACCGACGUCACCGCCAUCGACGUGCCUUCUAGAUGCUUCCGAUUCGAAUUGAUUUACAUGCUCCUCUCCAUGCGGUUCAAUUCCAGGAUCAAAGUGAAAACUUACACCGACGAAUUGACCGCCAUCGAUUCCAUAUCGGAUAUCUACAAGGGCGCAAUAUGGCCGGAACGGGAGGUGUUCGAUCUCUACGGCGUCCUGUUCGCCAACCACCCGGACCUGCGGCGCAUCAUCACCGACUACGGCUUCGCGGGGAAUCCCCUGCGCAAGGAUUUCCCGCUCGCCGGCUACGUGGAGUACCGCUACGACGAGGCCAGGAAAAUGGUGGUGGUGGAACCGCUCGAGCUGGCGCAGGAGUUUAGGCGGUUCGACGUGAGCGCGCCGUGGGAGCAAUUCUACAAGUUUAGGACGAAGUCGGAGAGGAGGGACGAGGAGAUGGCGAAGGCGAUGAAAUUGGAGGGGAAUUGAUUUUUUUGUUGGGGGUUGUUUUUUUUUUUUGUGUACGGGGUGUUUGGUGUGUAAGAAGUGGUGCUUGUUAGGGGGGGGGGCUUUAAAUAUGUGUUGUUUGGGCAUCGUUUUUUUUUAAUAAACUAGAAAUAUUGUUAAAUAAUAAAGGAUUUAAUCGUCGAUUUUGGUUCCUCGCGAAUUGGUUAGGAAGGAUUCGAUUAAGGAGAAAUGCUAGUAUUCGG